CUCUCACUGUAGAGACAGCAUCAGCUCCUCAAACAAGCAGUUGGUCCCUUACCGGAGAGCACAGCAUCACCUCCUCAAACCACUGGCGAGGAUAACAGUGGCGGAAGAUCCGCGCCAGCAGUGAACACGGUUUUACAGGUCAACAGUUCUGAACCACAAGAGAAAACGCUAUGAGACAAUUUGAGAACAAAUAAAAAUUGGUUUUGUGGGAAAGAAUCGUAUAUUGGACAAUUCUUUGCCUCCUUGCCUCCCUGGAGUUUAAUUGCAAAACCCAGCAAGACUUCCUCAAAUCAACCAACACACUUUUAAGAGAAACUGCAGCAAGCCAGAAAUAAAUAACAAUCUGUUUGCCCUCACUGACUAGUAGCGAUGCAUAGCGCUCAUCUUUACAACAGCACCAAGGGACUUUGGGACGAGGAUGAUUGUCCGCCAUCCCUCAGCAGCACCACUUUUCUCAUUGUAGCCUACAGCGCAAUGCUAGCGGUGGGCUUGGUGGGUAACACUUGUUUGGUUUUGGUUAUCACACGACAAAAAGAGAUGCGUAACGUGACCAACAUCUUCAUCGUGAACCUCUCGUGCUCUGAUAUCCUGGUUUGCCUCGUGUGUUUACCGGUCACCAUUAUCUACACACUUAUGGAUCGGUGGAUUCUGGGCGAAACUUUGUGCAAGGUGACACCAUUCGUCCAGUGUACGUCCGUGACGGUUUCGAUCCUCUCGAUGGUUCUCAUCGCCCUGGAGAGACAUCAACUCAUCAUCCACCCGACCGGAUGGAAACCAGUCGUCAGACACUCUUACCUGGCCGUAGCGCUUAUCUGGAUUGUGGCGAGUUUUAUCUCCCUUCCUUUUCUUUCGUUUCAAAUCCUCACGAUAUCUCCCCUGCACAACCUCAGCCUACCGUUCAACCCCUUCAGCAAUCAAUUCAUUUGUAUCGAGGAAUGGCCGUCCGGAGGUUAUCGGCUAGUUUAUACCACCUCGCUACUGCUGUUCCAAUACUGCCUACCGUUGGCACUCAUCCUAGUCUGUUACUUCCGAAUAUUCCUGCGCCUGAGUCGGCGCAAGGACAUUGUGGAAAGGACACGAGGUGAACGGCAGAAAAAGGCCAAAGGUUCGAAGCGAAUCAACGCCAUGCUGGCCUCAAUCGUAGCGGCGUUCACGCUGUGCUGGUUGCCGCUAAAUGUCUUUAAUACAGUUUUUGAUUGGAACCACGAGGCAAUGCCAACGUGCCAGCAUGACACUAUUUUCUCAGCUUGCCACCUCACUGCCAUGGCGUCGACGUGCGUUAACCCUGUGAUCUACGGAUUCUUGAACAAUAACUUUCAGAAGGAGCUGAAAUCAUUGCUUUACCGAUGUCGCUGCUGCGGGUCGCCCGAGAGUUACGAAAGCUUUCCGCUGUCCACUGUCAGCACAGGCGCUACAAAGGGGUCUAUCCUUAGCAAUGGCUCCGUCUGUAACACCUAUCAACCACACAAGAAAAACAGUUUCGAAUCGAAAGAGAUUGUUUAAACAGUGCUAAAUAUAAUGCUAUGUAUAUAUGACAGUAAGCAUCCCGCUUCAAAAGACUGAAUCCCAAUUUGGAGUAAUGAAAAUGUUCACAAAGAAGUCCUUAAACACAUUAAAGACUGGCCGGGCUUUGCCGAAGAGGACCAAUUUCCAAUGGACCUUUCUGUAAAUGUAUAUUAUUGACUGUGACGAAUAUUCAGCUUGUUGGUCUCGGCUUGAAUCGUAAGUAUUCUCAGUAUUGAUGCACAGAGUGAUUCUUCAUGAGAUAUGUUGAAAUACGUAAUAACAAAGUAGUUAGAGGUCUUUUAUUGUUAUCUUUGUUCAGACUAGGCCUGUGUAAAAAUAUGGAACAUAGUGAUAGCUGUGGACUGGACUGUUGUGGUUAACUGUUAAAGUACGGGCAGAACUAGCACUGUGUGUAUAGUAUGUAGUUUUAUAAUACACCUACAUUUAUAAUGUAGUUAACUGAACCUGGUUUGUAUAAGCUUUCCGUUCUUGCAACAUUUCAAACUUAUAUGUACUGCUAUGAUUUUUUGUGCUUUAUGUAAUUUAUCCUGAAUGUUAAAGCUGCAAUCUGUAACUUUUGCCACUCUAUCGCCAUCUAUGUUUGAAACAUAAAAUUGCAGGUUGCUUUACAUCAGGGCUAGUCAACUGGCGGCCCUAUUUCAAAAUCAGCGUAUUUACCUUAAAGCCACCCUUUCCAAUGUACAUGACAAAUGACAGCCGAUAAACCAGAAGGAGAGUCGUAAAUGGACUGCGUAGGGUGCCAACCCUCUGCGGGUGCAGAAGUGAUGUAUGUCAGUGUGUUCAAUGUGUGCAAUGUGAAAAUUAUUAAUCCUUUUUUGUUUAACUUUAUCAGUAACAUUUGAUACUUAAUGAGAUUGAGUACUGAUAAGUAAAAUAUUAAGUACAAAUAUAUUUGUAGAUUAAAGGCUUUUUUCAUUCGCUGAAAUUAGCUUCUGUUCCAUGUUGACACCGAUUUACGAUUAAAACUGAAAUGUCAUUACGACUGCCACUAGGGGGCGAACUCCGACAGUCGUGUCUGAAUGUAGUGUACAAUGGAAUGGCGGUUUAGCUUAUAUAUAUCUUUAAAAUAUUAAAAAAGAAAACAUGAAGUGCAAUUUUAGUCAUUAUGAGAAGACGGGAUAUGUUGUGAAUACUUGAAAUGUAAAAAUUGAUGUUAAACAGUUAUAAACAAAAUAAGUUUAAGAGCUCUGCAUUAUAGGUAGUGCUAUAAUUAGAAUACAUAUAAUAGGUUAAAGUAAAAAUAUAUAAAAGGUAAAAAUAGGGGUAAAAGUUUGACCCGCAUCAUAUUUAAAUUUUUAAAAUCUGACCCUUGAAGUAGAGUAGUUAAAGACUCCUGCUUUACAUACUUAAGCUUGGAGGAUAGUCAAGAGUGAAUGCACAGGGAGCAUAGUUUAUUUGACUCAUACGUGUAAACAGAUGUUCGACGCAUGUGCAUUGCGAUCCAAUAUAUCUCCAGGCCUAAAUACUACAUAUUCCUGUACACAAAGUAUGCGCUGUUACUAAAACCUGGCUAUUCUGUACUAUGCGUACACUAUUCUGAUGACGAAAUUUGCAUCACAUGCACAUAAACAGAUUGCAGCGUUAAUUCCUAUCAUAGUACACAGUUUCUUUUUGCUUAGUGCCUAUAUUUGACAAAGCUAUUCAAGUCAAUUCCAUUCUUCUAAAUUCCAUUUUAAGAUAACAUUCUGGAUUUGCAUUGUCGCUUGUCCGUAGUUUUAACAAAAACUAUUUGCAUGCUGUAAAUAAUAUUGUAUAUACAUUAUAUAUUUAUAUUAUUUUUACAGUAUAUGUGUGCACCAUAUCAUAACUGUUAAGUAUAUAUUAACGCCCUGAAACAUAUUGAAGCGCCAAAUGUAAGAUGUCUGUUCACAUGAAACAGUAUGAAGAAGUAAUUUAAAGGUGCAGUGUGUAGAUUUUAGCGGCAUCUAGUGAUGAGAUUGCAACUGGCAACCAACUGCUUAGUCCACCACUCACCCCUCCCUUUCGAAACACAUAGAGAAGCUACAGUAGCCGCCACAGGACAAACAUCUCAUCGUCUAAGACACCGUAGUGAUGAAAUGCGAGAAGUUUGUUCUUUAAGGUCUACUGUAAAAACAUAAUGGCAUGAUAUGGCGACUUCUAUAAAAGUCAUUCUGAGGAAAUAAAAACAUAACUAUACAUAAUAUAUUUAUGUAUAUUAUAUUGCAUUACUGUCAAGAGAUCCUCCUAAAAGUUAUACAUUGCACCUUUAAGGUUAUGAUUUAUAAAUAUUUACUGUUUUAGCACUAAAGAUAGAUAUAAAUUGGCACUUAUACAUGAAUGUACAAUAGUGCUACAUGGAUCAUUUACACAUAUGAAUCUUGCUGUUCUUACUGUAUAUUUUUAGUCCUUUGUUAUUAAAAUAUUGCUGUAAUAUUUCAGUUAAAAUGUGUACAACAUUGUAAAAAAGCAUUGAUGUUAAAUCAACUGAUAUUCUUAUGUUACUUGAACUUAACAAAUUAAGUUAAACAAUACUUGUUAACUUGUUAUUAUAAGUAGGUUGAAUUGACUUUUGACUUUUUCAUUUUUUACAGUGAAUUCAGUGCCAAAAGCAACAACGUGUUUCCAUGGUACUGUCACAAAAACUCCCUUAAUCAUGCAGUUGUCCCCAAAAUUCACACUUUCAUAGACUGUUGGGUAUAGCGGUUGGGAUGGGUUCGCCAUGCUUUAGGAAAUGUAUUGUAUAUGCAUAACAAGACGAGUUUAAGCAUUCCUAAAGCAUGACUUGAGUUUCUAAAGAGUUACACUAACGUUUGGCCAUAAAAGCAUUUUACCUUCACCUGGAAAAACUCAAACAUUCAGUCAACAUAUACAAAGAUAUUGUGUUUUACAGUAUAUUUUGAAGCUUCAACCCUUAUCAGUAGUUUUCCUUCGUCUCUGUCUCUCUCUCCAUAUUUUCGUAUAUGUGCUUUUAUACAUCAUUUUCAACUGGAAAGCCAGCUAUGUUGAAAUGUGGGCCUGCAUUUCAAAAGUAUAAGCUUUGAAAUUGCUUUGAAGUAUCGAAUCAGUAUACUUUCUUUUUCCUUUUAUUUCUGAGAUAUUUUGUUGGCCAAGAACAUGUGUGUCGGAGGUCAGCUAGCUUUUGGCAUUUCACGGUUUCUGUGCGGCUUUAAAAUAUAAGUAGCACUUUUAUGCCAAAAAUUAGGGAUGCACCGAGACCACUUUUUUGGAGUACGAGUACUUGCAUUUCAGUACUUGCCGAUACCGAUACCGAGUACUUAAUAAAAAACAUGAUUUAAAUUUACAGGUAACAGCUUUAGUCAUAUAAUUUAACAAAAAAACAAGGGACUAGUUUUCCAGUUUGUUGUAAACUCUGCCUCUUUGGACAACACAAGAGGCAUUAACCCCUUACACGCCGCUCAAACAUAGACAUUUCUCAGACCGUGGUAUCGAUCCCUGGUAUCGGGAGACUUUUAACGAGUACUUUAGAAAAUGUGGUAUCGAGGCCGAUACCUGAUACCAGUAUCGGUAUCGGUGCAUCCCUACCAAAAAUCAUUAGGAUAUUAUGUAAAGAUCAUAAUUUAUAAAUUUCCUAUCUUAAAUAUAUCAAAACUUUAUAUUGUGAGUGGAUGCAGUUACUAAGGACUUCAUUUGGACAACUUUUUUGAGCUGUAUCUUGGCCAAAUAUUGUCCUAUCAUAACAAACCAUACAUCAAUGGAAAGCUUAAUUUUCAGACGUAUAAAUAUCAAUAUCCCCUUAUGACUGGUUAACACAACACAACAUGUGUCAUUGACAUGCGCAGCGCACAUGAAUGUACCAUAGUCUACUUUGCUUUACGAAAUGAAAUGUGUAAUGAAGUUCAGAAAUACAAGCUUGUAAGAAUUCUGUUAAGCCAAAAAUGUCCAUAGCAAAUAUACGUUUAUUAAGGAAUAUCAUCGUUUAGGAAGAGUAGAUACCCAGUUUGACCAGAGGUGAAAUAAUUUGUAUAAUCAUUUGUACAAUGCCCAUUUCAUUUGACUGGAUUAAGUAAUAACGUAUAAAAAUGACCAAAGUUUAUAUUAAACAUAUAUUGAUGUUUUUUCUUGA